AACCGAAGAAGAAAAAAGCGAAAUUUUCUACGCGAAGACGUAUCGGCAAGCAGUGGUAGGAAAAAGUGAAAUUUUGCUGUGAAAAUCCAUUCCCGACGCCCAAUUUCCUAGUGCAAAACGUACAUCGGUGGCCAGUAGUGUCCGCAGGCUAGGAAAAAAUACCCGGGAUGGGUAAAUCAAAGAAGAAGUACGAGAGCAGCAGCAGUUCCAGCUCGUCGGAUGCUUCCGAGUCGAGUGACACCUCCAGCUCUGAGGAUGUGGAGCUGAAGCGGAGGAACAAGAAGAAGAAGAGCACUCGGAAGCACAAGAAGUCUUCGGCAAAGACACACGCCAGUUCCGGGACGGAUGCCGAGUCCGCCAGUGAGCAAUCCAGUGACGAUGCGGCGAAGGCGGCGGCCGUUGCUGCUGCAGCUAAGAAAAAACACAAAAAGAACAAGAAGCAAAAGAAAUCAAAAAAGCACAAGAAGCAUAAGGUGCGAGCUGAGUCGGAGGAUGAAAAGCGAGUGCAUGUGGAGGAAGAAGAAGAGGAACUGAUUGAAGAGGUGGUUCCGGAUCGGCGGCACCGUACGACAUCGGCGGAUGACUACAGGAAAGAAAGGGACAGCUAUGGUGGACGAAGGGAACGUUCCCCGGCGGACAGAGAUCGCGGUCGGGGACGGGAUCGCGAACGGGAACGAGACCGUGACCGUUCGGGAACCAGUAGUCAGCAGAAGCACGCCUCCUCGAAGUGGGACAGUCCGGCCGAUGGAGGAGAAUACCGCCGGAAGCGGUCACAUUCUCCGCGGGAACAGUCGUCCGGCGGGGGCGGUUAUAGUAGAUCUGGUCAGCGAAGUCACUACGACGAGUACCGUGGAAAGGCUCCGCGUUCUCCUCCGCCGAGGGAAUCUCCACCGCUGCCUCCGCCAUCAUCUUCGUCUCACGGUGGCGGUGGACGAGGAGAUUACGAUCGAGGUGGAAGGGGAGGUCGAGGUGGCCGGGGCGGUGGCCGGUACGAUGAGCGGCACCAUUCGCCUCCGCCACCGCCGCCACAGCAGCAGGAAAGACGCUGGGGUGGUGGCGAUCGGUACGAGGACGAUCGCGGUCGAGGUGGGGAUGAUUUUAGGAAGCCCUCGGGAGGUGGGCGGAGAUUCGAGGGAGAUGAACGCCGGUUCGAAGGCGGUGGGCGCAGAGGUGGUGGUCAUCCGUUCACUCCUCAGUCGCAACCAAGGGAGCGCUAUGACGAUUAUGGAAGCCGUGACCGGAAUCCACGUGAUCGCUAUCAGCGGCGUGAGGAGUACGAUGAUCGUGGUCCCCGGCGACGUAACUCUUCUCCAAUGGGCGGGGGUCCACCGCCGCGAGGUGGGCGUGAUCGUAGCCCGAUGGGACAUCCGGAUUUCGGAUUUGGAGGCCGCGGUGGCGGUAAUGGGGGAGGAGGAUAUCGCGAUCGUUUCGAUGGGCCACCGGAUCGUGGUGGCCGAUUCGGUCGAGGAGGACGAGGUGGAGGUCCGUUUGAUCGCGGUGGUCGCGGAGGUCGUGGUGGCAGUCGACGGGGGUUUUCCCACGCGGAAGGGGGCGGCUUUCACUCGGAUCGGGGCGACAUGAGUGGAGAUCAUCGCAAGCCUCCGGCUCCGGCUGGUUGGGGUAGACGGUCACCUCCGCCCUCGCCGAGGGGAUCUCCUGCGCGGUCGAGGUCACGCGAUCAGAACGGCAGAGGCGGCAGCAUAAAUCGUGGUCGUGGAAAGCGAGUCAGUUCCCCGCCGCCACCGGCCAAGAUGGAACGUCGUUCGGCCAAUCGCGACUCGCCGCAUUCCCACAGUCGAAGCCGAAGUCCGGCGCGAGCGCCAGCUCCGUUGCCGCAGCGGCAACGCAAGGGUCUCAAAAAGGAAGAGAAAGGAGAGGAGGAAGAAGACUACGAGUGGGGUGGCAAACGGUUGCAACCCAAGCGUGAAGCAGGCAGUCGCGCCGGCAGCCACGACUCGGACGAGAAAGGUCCGGAGGACAAGGAGAAGCCCAACUUUGCCCUGUCAGGCAAGCUCACAGAAGAGGCCAACAAAGUCAACGGUGUGGUCAUCAAGUACGCUGAACCGCCGGAAUCACGGAAACCGAAACGCCGCUGGCGCUUGUACCCGUUCAAGGGCGAACAGGCCCUUCCCACGAUGUACAUCCACCGGCAGAGUUGCUACCUGAUCGGGCGCGAUCGCAAGGUGUGCGACCUUCCGAUUGACCACCCGUCCUGCUCGAAACAGCACGCCGCCCUCCAGUACCGUUUGGUACCGUACGAACGCGAGGACGGCACGGCUGGCAAGCGGGUUCGACCGUACAUUAUCGACUUGGAGUCGGCCAACGGGACGUUUGUGAACAACAAGAAGAUCGACACCAAAAAGUACAUCGAGCUUCUGGAGAAGGACGUGCUCAAGUUCGGUUUUAGCUCGCGCGAGUACGUCCUGUUGCAUGAGAACAGCAAGGAGGACGAGGAAGAUGACGACGUAGUGGACGAUAAGACGGCUCCCAGCAACGGAGCCUCUGGUGGCAAUUCCCGAAACAAACGGGAACAAAGCGAAUGAAGAGAUGGAAUCAGGCUCGAGUUUUGAAUUUUACUCACACAUUGUACACUGAAGAAGUAAGCAGGAUAGAGAUUGACAUCGCGGAGGAAGCACGAAGCAUCCCCCCUAGAAUUCUAUGCCGGAGGGCACUUUCAACAAACUGGAACAAUAUUCAGUUUUAUUGUCAUUGAUCGUAGCAGAAGAAGCAGCAGCAAAUUUUAGUAGAUUCAACCAUGCUACUACAACUACAACAAAUAGCCACCCUCGUUACUAGUGUGUGUGUCUGUAUUAGAUUACUACUAUCAACAAAAAAUAUCAAGAAAGGAAUCCACAAAUAAAGUAUCUUAAUCCCA